AUGCAUCUAGCAAAAUUGCAUAGAAUAGUACAUUUGGAUAUGAAGGGUGCUCCUCUAAAUAUAAGCUAUUUAGCAACAGUGUUCAAUUGUAUCAAGACAUGGGGUGCUACAGGAGUGCUUUUAGAAUGGGAAGAUACAUUUCCUUAUACAUCAAAUUUAAUAGAAAUAGGAAGUCAAUGUGGCAUUAAUGGAAGUGGAGGUGAUGACUUAUAUAGCACUGAAGAUGUUCAAACUAUAUUAAAACUGGCUAAAGAUAACUGUCUUGAAGUAAUUCAAUUGAUCCAAACAAUUGGCCAUAUGGAGUUUGUUUUGAAGCAUCCAUCAUUUCAAAAACUUCGCGAAGCACCUCUUUCACCCGCAGUCCUUUGUCCCUCCAAACCGGAGUCUCUGCAACUAGUAACAUCAAUGCUGCUGCAAGCGUUGAAUAUGCAGCCUGAUGCGUCUUUCAUACAUAUAGGGGCCGAUGAGGUUUGGCACACUGCAGUGUGCGAAGAAUGUCAAAAAAGAGCAGCCAUGAGUGAGCAUAAAACUGCAUCAUUAUACCUUGACCAUAUUCAAAAUGUCCUCUUAUUUCUCAAGCAAAAGAAGCCAGAUUUAACCAUUCUUAUGUGGGAGGAUAUGCUGCGGACCAUGAAUGUCGACACAUUGCAGUCAUACAAACUUGGCGAUCUCGUACAACCAGUAGUUUGGCACUACAAUCCAAAAGAGUGCUUUCAGUUGAAUCCAAACAUGUGGAGUACUUACAAACAGAUAUUUUCUAACGUGUGGACCGGGUCAGCUUUCAAGGGUGCUAAUGGGAGUUGUCAGGUCCUAUCACCAGUUGCUCGAUAUGUGAGCAACCACGAGGGCUGGUUGCAUGAAAUCAAUAAAUAUUCUUCCGCUAUGAAUUUUGUGGGACUCAUACUAACUGGAUGGUCAAGGUACGACCACUACGCGACAUUGUGCGAGCUACUUCCCGUAUCGUUGCCGUCCUUAAAAAGCUGCUUGCAAACCUUACUGAAAGCAGAGACUUCCAAUGAAGCUGUUGUAAGCGAAGUUAUCCCAGAGGCGCAAUGGCCGGGUGUGGAGUUAGCGAGAUGCGUCCACUCUUUUGUCAUCCUCCGGGAACGGUGUCUGGCAUUCAUUCAUGGCGAUAUAGUAUUAACGUGGCUUAAUCCAUGGCAGAUGAAGAACGAAUUUACAAACCCCUUACAGGUUGAGAACAUAGCGGUUGCGGCGAAACACUUGCUAACGGAUUUACUAGCCUUACAGCAGCAGACAUCGGUACAUCUUUAUGCGAUAACUGGAAAAAGGAGCGCAGAGGAAUGGAUUGGAACUUUCCUAGCCCCGCUAGUCCAGCGAAUUGCGGGAAUACAAGAGACCGCUGAAACGCGGAUCAAAUCCAAUGCCAGUGUACGGCCUAAUUGUGUCAACGAUUGUGAUAUGGAGCUUGAGAAAUGA